UGCGUCACACACACACCGACGUCCGCACUCCGCAACCGCCUCGUUCAUUUUCAUCUCACACGGCGUCGACGGUGUAGUGCCACAGCCGUUCGAAAAGGAAAAACUCGGCACGAACGCGUCCUCACGAGUUCGUUUCGUUUACGCAAAUAGACGGCGCGCCGUGCAACCCGGGAGUCCACCUUCAGUCGUCAGCGUUCCGUUCACUACACGUCAUCCGAUCACCGCUCCAACAACUACCAUGUCGAGCAAAAAGAAUAAAAAGCAGAAGUGGAUAUCAAUAGAAACAGAUGUUAUUUCAAUUGCUAGUGGAACAUGCUGGGCAGACGAAGCAGAAAAAGAACAUAAUGGAAAACACGGAUUUGCUGGCUUUGGAUUUGAACCUAAGCCAUUAAACCUUCCUAAGGCACCAAGAGCAGCAUGUGAAUCUAUUAUAGACGAAAGCACUGUGCCCCAAGAAGGUCCAUUCUUGGUUCAUAUGUCAAAUUUGCAGUUUGAAAUUGAUGAAGAUGAUAUCACAAAUUAUUUUAAAGGACUGAAGAUAAACAACAUAAAAUUACCACGUAAUGACAAUGGUCGUAAUAAAGGAUUUGGAUACGUUGAGUUUGAAGAACGAAAAGAACUCAUUACUGCACUUGGAAUGGAAAAUUUGAUCCGUGGACGUCGUGUUCGUGUUGAACUCGCUAGUGGAAUGCAAGAUUCUAGAAAUGCUUUUCAAAGAGGCAGUCGCAUGGGUAUGGAUUUUCCUGGUGGUGAUGAACCUGGUGAUUGGCGAUCAACUAACCGUACUUCAACAACCACUGAUGACAGAGGAGGGUUUACUAGGCGAAGAGAUGGUGGUGCUUUUGAUAAAGACCACGAUAGCGAACGAGAUAAUGGUCCUUGGAGAGGUGCCAGGUGUAAUGUUGAUGAUGAUGUAGCACGUAAACCAUUCAGUGAUCGUCGUUUUGAUGAUUCUGAAAGUGGAAGAAGACCUUUUAGUGAUCGACGAGGUGAUGAUUCUGAAGGUGGUAGAAGACCUUUUGGUGAUCGCCGAGGAGAUGAUUCUGAAGGUGGGAGAAGACCUUUUGGUGAUCGCCGAGGUGAUGACUCUGAUAGUGGUAGAAGACCAUUUGGAGAUCGUCGUUAUGAUGAUUCUGAUAGUGGAAGAAGACCUUUUGGUGAGCGUCGUGAUGAUGUAGAAGGAGGACGAAAACCAUUUGGUGAAUCUAGAAGAGGAUUUGGUUUUAACAAACGAGAUGAUGAUUUACCCGAAAUUGCUGGAGAUAAUACUUCACUGCCACAAGAACGUCCAAAGCUCAUACUCAAACCAAAGACUGUUGAUCCUGAUGCACCAACGACUGAAGCUCCUAGCUAUGUAGCAGCUCCAUCUAUAUUUGGCGGAGCUAAACCUGUAGACACAGCAGCUAAAGAAAGAGAGAUUGAAGAAAAACUUUUAGCCAAAAAUGAACCUAAACCUCAAUCAGAACUGUCUCGUGCUUCUUCAGAAACAAGUUUAAAUGAAACUUCUGAUAAUAAGUGUCAAGAAGAAACUGAAGUCAAACCACCACCUCAGCCUAAAUCAGUUGAAACAUGGAGACGCAGAAGCCCACGUCGACAAAGUGAUGAUGAUCGUGUACCUCGGCGAAGAGUUUCUCCUGAACGUAACCCUAGAUAUGAAGAAGCUCCACCUCCACGAGAAAAUGCUUGGGAAAAACAUACUCUAAUUAAAGAAUCCUUGUCUUCUGAGGAAAAUAUGUGCAAUGGAACUCCGCCAAUAGUGGAAGAUGAAAAACCGAGACCUAAUGUUUACAUUCCACCAAAUCUUCGUAAAAAAAAUCCUUCCGAUGAAGAAACUGUAGUAAUAGGUACUGAAGAAUCUGAACCUAUUAGAGAAGCAACUGUCCCUGAUGUAGAUAAAAAUAUCCCGGAUAGAGCAGCUGAUGGGUCAGAAAUUAUUGAACCCAUAGUUGUAGAAGCUCCAACUGAUGUGAGAACUGACCCUGAUGGGCAAUCUAGUGAACCUGAUGUAGUAAAAGAUCAACCAGUUACCGAAGAAGAUACAAAUGACUCUGGAUUUAUUGAAUGCGGAAAGAAUAGUUCUGACAAAUAUAAAUCAAAAAAGAAGCCUAAAGUCAUUAAAAAAUUACCAGAAAUAGAAGUUAAGAAGAAAGAUCCUGUUAUAACCAAGGAGCUAAAGAAAUCUACUAGUAAUAAAUUUGCUGCACUUCUUGAUGAUGGUUCCAAUGAAUAGAAAAUACAAUUUAUGUUUUAUUUUGUUUUUUAUUAUUUUUCAUUAAAUUGUUAUAUACUUAUAUUACUUAUAUUUAAGGAUAUAUGUAUAUAUAUAUAUAUAUAUAUAUAUACAGAAAGAGAGCUCUUAUAAAAUGAAAGACAGCUGGCUUCUUUCUUUAUAAUCUCAUCAUGUUAUAUUCAUUACAUUAAUGUCUGAAAACAUGUCUAAUGUAUGAAAAUGUCUGUUUAAAAGUAAAUGUAAUUUAAUAAUUGUAUGUUACACAUUUUAAGUUACAAUGUCUGUUGUUACACUAUAUCCAUACAAAUUUAAAGUGAUACAAAUUGAGACAUUCAUCUGAAUUUAACAAUUGAUUCAUUUUUUUUAUUUUUAAAGUUUUGUGGCUUGCACAAUUAUUAUCUGCCACAGUACAAAUUAAUUUUUUUUGUGAUUUAAAUAUUAAUUUAUUUUGCAAUUUGCCGUCUAAACAAUUCAUGAGACUGCUUACUUGAAUAAGUGAAUUAUAAUUUUUUUUUAUAUAUAUAUAAAUAUUAGGUAUAUGAUAACAGACGCUCAUUAUUUAUGUUAACAAGACUUUGACCAAGGACAAGUCACUGCCAAGUUUUCUUUUAGCAUCUUAAUUUGUAAACAUUUUUAAAUGUUAGUGAUUUGUGUAUCAACAGACUAAUACUUGAUAAUUGGAUUUUAACUAAUAAAUGUAUCUAUUAUAUAUUUUAUGUAUAUAUAUAUUCAUAAAUUAUAAGUAAGUAUUAUAAUUUAUAAAACAAAUAUUAGGUAAUAAUUGUAUAUUUUGUCUAUUGAAUAUAUGCAGUCUUGUGAUGUAUUUAUUAUAUACUUUUUGUUUUAAUUUUAAAAUACUUAAAUGUUUAAGUUUGUGAGUUAAUUAAUUUUUGAUACUGACUUAGUUUCAAAAUGUGAUUUAAACUUCAUCAAUUAAUCAUUUGUUUUAUGUAAAUAAUAAUAAAUUGUAAAAUAUUAAAUUAUUAUUUUUACUUUCUAGUAGGUAUUUUAAAUUUUUACAAUAUCGAUAUUAUUGUAUUCUUUGAUUAUAGAACCUGCUCGAGCAGUUUUAAUAUUUAGGUUAACUAUAAUUAUUAUUGUGCAUUAUUUAUUUAAAUGUGUUGUUCAUUGGUUAUUACAUUAAGUAGCACUUUUUAAAAUUAUUUGUUAACCUUUGUAUAUAACCGAAAAUUAUUGUUAUUUAGUUAGUUUUUCAAAAGUAAUACAAAAACUUAUUCCUUUAAAAUUGUAAUGUAAAAUGUGUAAUAAUUGGACAAUACAGUAAUUAUUUAUACUGCCUUAGUGAUUCUCUGAAUGAAUGUACUUUAUUUGUAAUAUUGUGAACAUUGGUUUUCUAUGGAUUAUUUUUGAAAAUACAUGUGAUAUUAUCUAUCAAAUUUUUUUAUACAUACAUAAUAUAUUGUGGGAUUUUUUUUAUAUCAACUGAUCCCAAUUCAAAUUUUUUGGUUGUGCAAUAUAACUAUUAGAUCUUGCGUGAAAUAGAAUUCUUCACAUAGCUUAAUUUUAUUUGACAUUUAGUCUUUAAAUACUGUUCCCUUGCGUUAAUUUUUUCAUGAUAGUAGAAAUGGGAAAUAACUUAAAAGUAUGACAUUGGACGGCAAGAAGUUAAACAAAUGUAAUAAAUAUAAUAUGACAAUAUAAUAAUUGUAUUUAAAUUAUAUAACAGUUUAUAUUUAGAAAAUUGUGUAAAUUAUUGUUAACUAUUGUCUGACAUAGCAUAAUGGUAUUUGGUACUCUUAUGUAUUUUAUUUAUAUACAUAUUUUAAUGUAUGACAUUUUUAGUGCUAGUCCUGUUUAUUUGUAUAAACAAUGUGUGUUUAAGUGUUGAAUAUAUCGUUUUCUCCCACAA